AUGUGUCACACCAGCUGCUCCACUGGCUGCCAGCCGGCCUGCUCCGUGCCCGUCUGCUGCAAGCCCAUCUGCUGUGUGAUUCCCUGCUGCCGCCCAGCCUCCUGUGUGGCCCUGCUCUGCCGCCCAGCUUGCCCCGUGGUGACCGGCUGCCAGGCAGUCUGUGGAGCUGGCAGGAGCUCCCCCUCAUGCUGUGUGUCCAGCCCCUGCCAGUCCACCUGCUGCCAGGAUAGCCCUUGCCUCUCCACCUGCUGCACACCUGUCUGCUACAAAUCUGCUAUCUGUGUACCCAUAUGCUACAAGACUGCGACCUAUGCCAUACCCUCCUGCCAGGCCUCCUCCUGCCAGCCAGCCUCCUGCACCUCCCUGCUAUGUGGACCCUCUUGCACCCCCUCCUGCUGCUGA